GGCCAUCCCUGGCAUUGGCAAGGCAGCAAAAGCGUGUCUGGAUGGGGGUGCCCACCUCCUCCCAGGCACUGAAGCAGGAUGCUGCGAGCCAGCUGACAUCGAGUGAUAGCUCCCCUCGUCGAUUUCGCCAUCAGAGAAAUGGUACUCGAGAGGGACGGAUAUUUCAGCCGCACGGACCUGUCGGCGCUGGAUGCGGUCUCCAUGGAGACCCUGCCCACGGUUCAAAGAUCCCCCCCAUCAGCAGGCACCUGAAGCCUGCUUUGCAGACACCUCCUCAACAUUCGCUCAGAUCACAAGUGCCAUUGGCGUUACAGAUCAGAGUAUCUGGCCAGAGGGACGGUCUUGGCAUAAGCAUAGCUGGUGGGAGAGGAUCUUUGCCUUACAAAGACCGCGAUGAGGGUAUUUUUAUUUCCAGAGUCACAAAAGGGGGGGCCUCGGAAAAAGCUGGGGUCCAUGUUGGAGACAGAUUACUGCAGGUCAACAGUCUCAGCAUGCAGGGAGCAACCCACCUGGAGGCUGUCCGGGCCCUGAGGAAUGCUGGGAGCUGCAUUAAGAUGAGAGUUCUGCGGGAAGGCUCCCAUUUGAGUCAGCGGGUCAGCCAGUCGGACGGCGCUCUGGGUGCUGGGGAUGCUGCGAGCUGGCGACCGUGCAGCCACGAUGACAUCAAAGGCCCGAGGAUCAUAUCACACAAGGUCACGGAGGGCAUGGACAAAUCUGUGGAGGAUGUGGUCUGCAACAGCAAUGGCAUUAAUGACUUGAGGAAGUCUCAGUUUGAGGCAGUGCCAAUGACCAAAGGAAAUGAUUCAAGGCAUGUGGAUACAAACACGAUGAAAAUCCCACGGAUCAUUCUCACUCAUCCCUCUACAUCUGAUGAGGAUGUGGAGCUCUUGCCACAAGUUCCCAGGAGAGAGGCACAUUGCGACGCAGACAUUCCUGAGAGUCGAGUCCCUUUGGAAUGUUUUGACAGCGCGUUUUAUCCACCUUGAAUGCGUCCCCGCUCAAAACCUCUGGGGGACUUUUGAAACCAAACAAUGGAAAGUGUCUGUUACCAACGCACACCACUUUUUUUUCUUUCAAUUUCAAUUGCAGUAGUAUUAUGGGGGCAUUUGUUAUUUGCAAGUAAUGUCUGGUUUAUCUUUGGAAGCACUUUAUUUUAUAAACUUGUACAAUUACACAGACUGCAUGUAGCGCCAAAUGUUCAAAUGUUAAAUACAGCCUACUUCCAGCCACCACACAACAUGGUA